AUGGAAUGUAAAAAAGGCUUUGAGAUGGUACAGGGUAUAGAAUGUAUUGAAGGAGAAUGGAUAUAUCAAACACCAAUUUGUACAGCGAAAGAUUGUGGAGAUAUUCCACAAGGUUUUUUAUCCUCUGGAAACGCAAGUGAUACCACAUUCCCAAAUAUAGCAAAAUACACUUGUGAUGAAGGACAUGAAUAUUUCAGUGGUAAAACUGAGCUCUCGUGUCUGGCAUCAGGACAGUGGGAAACUGAUGUACUAGCCUGUCAACCUAAAGAUUGUGGACUUCCUCCACCUGGAAUUUCAUCAACGGUAACUGUUAAUGGUGGUACAACAUUUCCCAACACUGCCUCCUACAAUUGUGAUGACGGACAUUAUAUUGAUGGUGGAAAAAUUGAAAUAUCAUGUCUGGCAUCAGGGAAAUGGGAAACCGAUGUUCUAGUUUGUGAAGCUAAAGAUUGUGGAGCUGUUCCACCAGGUAAUUUUUCUACAGGAACUGCAGCAAGUGGUACAACAUACCCAAACAAAGCAGACUAUACUUGUAAUGAAGGACAUGAAGAAGCAAGUGGUGAUUUCAGUAUUAAAUGUCUAGCAUCAGGCCAGUGGGAUGUUGCUAAUAUUUUAGUUUGUCAAGCUAAAGAUUGUGGAGCUGUUCCACCAGGUAAUUUUUCUACAGGAACUGCAGCAAGUGGUACAACAUACCCAAACAAAGCAGAGUAUACUUGUAAUGAAGGACAUGAAGAAGCAAGUGGUGAUAUCAGUAUUAAAUGUCUAGCAUCAGGCCAGUGGGAUGUUGCUAAUAUACUAGUUUGUCAAGCGAAAGAUUGUGGAGAUCUUCCGCCAGGUACUUUAUCCACGGGGAAAGGUAAUGGUAGAAGCACAUUUCCCAACACUGCCAACUACACUUGUGAUGAGGGUCAUGAACGUGUAAGUGGUAAAACUGAGAUCUCGUGUCUGGCAUCAGGACAAUGGGAAACUGGAGUACUAGUCUGUAAAGCUAAAGAUUGUGGACCUCAUCCACAAGGUAUUUUAUCAAUGGUAACUGAUCUUGAAGUUGGUACCACAUAUCCCAACAUUGCCUCCUACACUUGUAAAGAGGGACAUGAACGAGCAAGUGGUCAAACUUCUAUCCGGUGUCUGGAAUCAGGACAGUGGGAAAGUGAUGUACUAGUUUGUGAACCGAAAGAUUGUGGAGAUCUUCCGCAAGGUACUUUUUCAUCAGGGAUUGCUAAUGGUGGUAGCACGUUUUCUUACACUGCCACCUACACUUGUUAUGAGGGCCACCCACCAUUAAGUGGUAAGGCUGAGAUCUCGUGUCUGGCAUCAGGAUUGUGGGAAACCGAUAUACUAAGAUGUCAUACUAAAGAUUGUGGAGCUGUUCCACCAGGUAAUUUUUCUACAGGAACUGCAGCAAGUGGUACAACAUACCCAAACAAAGCAGACUAUACUUGUAAUGAAGGACAUGAAGAAGCAAGUGGUGAUAUCAGUAUUAAAUGUCUAGCAUCAGGCCAGUGGGAUGUUGCUAAUAUACUAGUUUGUCAAGCUAAAGAUUGUGGAGCUGUUCCACCAGGUAAUUUUUCUACAGGAACUGCAGCAAGUGGUACAACAUACCCAAACAAAGCAGAGUAUACUUGUAAUGAAGGACAUGAAGAAGCAAGUGGUGAUAUCAGUAUUAAAUGUCUAGCAUCAGGCCAGUGGGAUGUUGCUAAUAUACUAGUUUGUCAAGCUAAAGAUUGUGGAGCUGUUCCACCAGGUAAUUUUUCUACAGGAACUGCAGCAAGUGGUACAACAUACCCAAACAAAGCAGACUAUACUUGUAAUGAAGGACAUGAAGAAGCAAGUGGUGAUAUCAGUAUUAAAUGUCUAGCAUCAGGCCAGUGGGAUGUUGCUAAUAUACUAGUUUGUCAAGCGAAAGAUUGUGGAGAUCUUCCGCCAGGUACUUUAUCCACGGGGAAAGGUAAUGGUAGAAGCACAUUUCCCAACACUGCCAACUACACUUGUGAUGAGGGUCAUGAACGUGUAAGUGGUAAAACUGAGAUCUCGUGUCUGGCAUCAGGACAAUGGGAAACUGGAGUACUAGUCUGUAAAGCUAAAGAUUGUGGACCUCAUCCACAAGAAUGUAAAUAUUAUAUUAUUAACGACGCAUAUCUAGCAUUUGAUGAUGAUUUAUAUAUGGACGAAGAUGGCUCAACCCAAGCUCAAUGUGAUAAAGAUUGUCAAGAAGAUGCGAAAUGUACAGUUGGCGUUCUAGAGGAAGAUGUCUGUUAUCUAUUUAGAAAACCGGUCAUUUUCUAUUCUUAUGAUUUAGAUUUUAACCAAUGUAUAGCGACAUGUAUUCAGAUGGAUGAAUGUUUAUUGUUGGAUCACUUAGCUAGUGAUAUAUGUUAUAUCUAUAACGACACCCCGAAAAACGAUCAGAGUGGUCUUGAAAUUAUAGAUGAAUCAAAUGGAGAUAAAAUUGUAGAAAAAAUCUGUUAA